GUCUUUCAUCGCUGUAUCUGUAUGCCCGCCGUACUCUAUGGAGACCACUGAACGCGCUGUCAUAUGCUUGACAGAAUGCCUGGAAGGUGUCGCCGGCCAAGGCUCCGGCACAUGAGCUGAAAGCUUAGCAAGGUCGAAGGCCUUCGCUUAUUCUCGUUAGUGGCUGGGCCGGGUGGCCUCGACAUAGUCUCCCAGAAUACAUGAUUUGGUACGUCACAAGCAACCUUAAUCACUAGAGUCAAAAUAAUUCUCAGCACAAAUAGCGCGAUAGUUGAGGACGACGUGCAGUCCCUCACUUGACGCACUCACCUGACGGCUUGUUUUGAGGCUUCCUUCGGCACAUGGUUAGGCGGAAAUAUCGACGACUUCCAGAUUCUUGAAUUAGCAUACUACCCAUGCUCUCAUCUUGCUAUAUCUUCGUCAUGCUACUCGUGGCAAUCCGACGGCCGUGGGUCGCCAGAAGCCUCACUAUAACGCCCGCGAAACCAUUGUCGGACACCAGUCAGAUGCAGACACGCCAUUCAAAUCGUCAUCUGACUGCUCAAAGGGGCGACAAACGACAGAGGAGUCCAAAAGCCGCAGUUCAAUCCUUAGAACCAGGGAAUUUCCGGCUCCUCGAGCGUCCGAUACGUUCACUAUCUCCUGCCCAAGUCCCAGGCUGCUGCCUGCCUCCGCCCGCCGCGUCGUCGUCCACGCUAACUCGACACACACGCUGCCUCCGAUCUCUUCCUGAUUUCUCUGGGGUUCAUUUCCCCCAUCUGCACCCCAAUCGCGACCUUCUGGUUCCCCGCAACCCGGGGCCAAUUGCGACACAACCGUAGUCUGGCCGGGCUCGGUGCAUGUACACGAAUAUGUACACUACUGCCUCCGUGUUUUUCGAAACCCUGGCCGGCGCUGGGGUCACCCACGCCUUCGUCAACUGGGGCAGCGACCAUCCCGCGUUCCUGGAGGACUUGCAAAGGCAGAGAGCGGAGAGCGACGGAAGGACGCUGAUUGAGAUCGUGACGUGCCCGAGCGAGUACGUCGCGCUAAGCGCGGCGCAUGGCUAUGCGCAAGUGACGCGCAAGCCCGCUGCAGUCAUAGUCCAUGUCGACGUUGGCACACAGGCACUGGCUGGCGCGAUACAUAAUGUCGAUCGAGGUCAGGUCCCUGUGCUGAUCUUUGCGGGUGCCGCUCCGUUCUCCGCGAAUGGCGAGUUCAAAGGUUCUAGAAACGAGUUUAUGAUGUGGCUGCAGGAUGCGCAUGACCAGCCUGCUAUCGUGCGCCAGUACAUGAGAUAUACGGCGCAGAUCCAAAGCGGAAAGACCGCAUCGAGACAAAUUAUGCGCGCGUUGCAGAUAGCAACGAGCCAGCCGAAGGGCCCUGUAUAUCUGUGGGCGCGCAGAGAAGCAACAGAGCAAGACGUCGACGAAGCAACGGUGGCUACAACAGUGAGCCCCACAAGCUGGCCUUCCAUCACUAUGCCCGCCCUGUCGCCUCACGCCGUGGACACAAUUUCCUCUGCCCUUCUCAACGCCGAUUUUCCACUCAUUAUCGCCGCUAACGCCGGUCGUAAUCCUGCCACUGUUCCGCUCUUGUCCCAGCUCGCCAGCAAACUCGCUAUCGGAGUCCUUUCCGUCGCGUCUCCGAGUGUUUGCAUCCCAGGCAAUCAUCCAUGCUACCUGGGCUACGUCUUCAUCGGCAAGCUGCCUCAUCUAGAAGAUGCGGAUGUUAUUCUGCUGCUCGACGUCGACGUUCCGUGGACGGACGUGGCGGACACCGAGCCCCGCAAGGACGCGAGGAUCUUCGUGGUGGAUAACGACCCGCUCAAACGGACCUUUGGCUGGUCGCAUGUCGACGCGGAGAUGCUCUGCACCGCAGAGGCGGAGACUGCUCUUCACCAGUUGCUCGAUACGCUGGAUACCAUUGAAGCGCAAUCGGCAUUAUCUUCACCCGCGCUUGAAGCAAAGCUGCUGGCUCGCCGGUCACGUCUCGAUACCAUCCGCGCGGAGAGGCUUGCAGAUCUCUCCGCGGCCGAGGCACGCCUGGCCCCAGAUGGGCACACGCUGAGUGUGCCCUUCAUCGUCGCAGCUCUCCGCGACACCGCGAACACCGUCACCCCCAGUCGAGGUAGCAAGGUCCUGUGGCUAACCGAAUCCGGCACCUCCAACCGGUUUAUCUGGAAUCAUAUCAAUCCCGAGCAGCCCGGCAGCAUGCUCAUGUCUGGCGGCACGAGUCUCGGUUGGAUAUUGGGGGCGAGCAUUGGCGCUUCGAUGGGUGCCAAGGUUGCGGACAAGGGCACCGAGCUUAUCAUAUCAAUUACCGGCGACGGCAACUUCUUCUUUGGGGUACCGACGGCGGCGUACUGGAUCGCGAGGCGAUAUGGGACGCCAUUCUUGACGAUCGUGCUCAACAACCGGGGCUGGGCUAGCCCUAUAGCCUCCAUGAAAGGGGUUUACCCGGAGGGAAUUGGCAGUAGUGUGUCGGGAGAAAGGCUCAGUGUAGGUUUCGGAGUGCCUAGUGCGGACUUCGGUGGCAUUGCCGCAGCUGCUGGAGGAGCGUGGGCCAGAAAGGUCGAACGUGCGGACGAGGUUAGGAGUGUCUUCGAGCAAGCGAUGAAGGUUGUGAUGAAUGAGCGGAGAUGCGCAGUAGUCGAAUGUGUCAUUCAAUCCAUCUAGGCAGUUUGGUAUGGCG